AUGAGGUCGCGAACAUCAGUCAAGCCGUCCGAUUAUCCACCUCUGCCAUUCCAUGGCAUUCGCUCCAUCAUCUUCCUCUCCGCUCUUGUGGUCGCGAUCAUCCUCGCCAUAUUUAUCUACCAUCUUCGCGCCGAUGGCUUCAAGCUUCCCUAUGUCUAUCUCGUCCUCCUCCUCUCCUCCGUCCUGUCCCUCAUCACAAUCACCACCACCGCCCUCGUCAACUGCACCUGUCGCCUCUCCCCCAAACUCUCCCUCUUCACCAACAUCCUCCCCCUAAUCAUCUGGCUCGUCGCCCUUGGCCUCCUCGCCUACAGCAUGUCCGGCACCAUCCUAACCGCCUGCACCACCGAAUACUGGGCCACCGCGACCGGCAUCUCCGUCUGCCGCACCUACAAGGCGCUCUUCGCCUUCACCGUGCUCACCACCCUGGGCCAUAUGCUCGCGAUUGUGCUGGACGUCGUGGUGCGGCGUCGGCAGACUCGUCUGGGCGCGUAUGAUCCAAUGACCAGUUCGGCCGCGCUCGGGGAGGAUCCGUGGGAUGUCAAGUUGGCGGAGAGGAGGGAUUCGGUGGCUGGAGGGGGAGGAGCAGGAGGGGCGCAUUACAAUGAUGUCCCUAUGUAUGCGAGAGGGAGGGGAGCGGUUGACGAUCAUAGGGGCGCUGGCGCUGGUGCUGGGGCGCCAGGGGUGCGGUUCCAAAGUGGUUAUCAGCAUCCUGCGGAGCGGACCGGGUAUGAUCCGGCGGCUUAUCGUUGA